GCAGCCGCAGGGAGAGGAGGGGAGCGUGUGGUGGACACUUUGAAACAGACGCAUUUGUCGACACACGCACAUAGACAGGCACUCACACAUACAAACGCACACACAUUAAUCCACUCAUGUCUACAUCCUGACCUUAAGUGGAUAUUAUUAACGUCCAUACUAUUAUUCCACUUUCAAUUGUGUCGCGGAAUAGUUAACACGUCCACACAUCCACACACACACAUCACUGCUAUCUUUGGACCCUUAGUGGACUUACCAAACCAUUUAUUCCACAUCUCCAUCUACUAAACACUAGGUGGACCACUUAUAACACACACACACACACACACACACACACACACACACACACACACACACACACACACACAAACACAAACACACCACAAGACUCACACAUGUGGCAACACUGAAUACCCCUCUCCACAAGAACGUAAGAGGAGUGGAUAACUAAAACAAUCCAGACAAACAGUAUUGGAUUGAGGAGAGAAAGACCUCCGUACCCACAAUACAGUAAAGAAAACGAAGACAGGGAAAGACCAACACAGAUACAGCGUUUGCGAGCAGUGAGGGAGCAGCGGGUGGGUGGAGGUGGCGAACUGUGUGGAUAAGAUGAGUUUCUCCCUCCACCAGAACUGAAAGAUGCCCAUUAGACUGAGAUCCUCCAGAAUGUUCAACGCUGUGGCUAUCGUGUCGGCGCUCCACCUCCUGUCUGAGGGGGGGGUGCCAGUGGCGGAGGGGACCGGGCAGCCGUAUGGCAUCAACCGGCAGGUGGUGGCGGGGGCGGCGCGGGUGGGGCAGUCCAUGGGUGACCUACGACCCCCUCCAGCCUUUGACCCCCACCCAGCCCCCGCCCUGAGCCAAGUAGCGGCGACGAGCGGCCCCCCUCCGGACACCACCACCCAUCUCAGCCUGGACAUCAGUGUGAGCGGUGCCACCCCCACGGACAGCGCCCUCAGCGACGACCAGGUGGCGGCCUCCCUCCCGUCCUGUGACAACGGUAGGGGUGUGGUGCGCUACGAGAGACUUCCUGACACUGUAGUGGAUGGCAACCCGAUACAGGAGGAUGUGGUGCACAGGUACAAAACUAACAGCCAGGUGCGCCUCAAGACCCCUUCGUCAGCCUCCGUCCUUGCCCAGUGCGUUGGGAGGUGCCUGCAGGAUGAGACCGCCCUUGGCUUCAUCAGUCGUUGCACCAUGUUCGAUUACUACCCUGGCAGGAGGAUCAAUACCUACAGUACCGCUGACAACCGCUUCACGGAGACCAAGUGCCGCCUGUCCCGCCCGCCCAACCAGUACGCUAAGAUCAACUACAGAGACGACGCGGUCAGCAUUCACUUCAGGGAGGUGUGCUACGCUGCCUCGGUGGUGAAGGCGGAGUGUCCCUCUCGCCUCUACGUGAUGGAGCGUCUCAGAAACAAUAAAUUUGAAGCUUCGGAUCUGCUCGAGGUGCCAGCGCGAACCAUUGAGGAGUGCGAGGAUAAGUGUCUUAGCCAAUACUCAGAUGACGCCGUUAACACAAACAGAACCUGCAGGAGCGGCUACUUUGACAAGAAAAGGAACAGAUGCUACCACUCUGGCUUCACUCGCCGGACCCACCCGAAGCAACUGAAGGCUGACGACGACCAUGACUACUUCGAGAACACCUGCCUGACGAAGGACCGCCGCUGCCCGAGAAACAAGCUCUUCUUCAUGAAAUCAGCGGACACGGAACUCUUCGGCGCCUACGAUAAGGAAUACCAUCAGGACCUCAGCCUUUACGAGUGCGCCGAUAAGUGUCUGGAUAGCGUCAACAUCUUCUGCAGGAGCUUCGUUUAUGACACCUUCGGCAGGAAAUGUAUGCUGAGUGGAGAGGAUCGUAUCAGCAAACCCAAACUCGUCAGGAACUCCACCUCCUCGCAGAAGUCUGAAUAUUAUGAGCUCUUUUGCAUGGAUGGAGAUAAGGUUCGUGGCAACUAUGUCUUUGAUGAUUCGGAUACACAACAGCUUAAUAAUCGAAGACACAGAGAUGUCCCAACCGCAUUCCAGAUGAUCCGAAACACGCGACUCGAUCUCGGCUCCGGAUUCCGAAGGUUUAAGGACAUUCCAGGCAGGCUGACGCUACCUGAGUGCCUGGACGCGUGCCUGGAGGAGACUGCGUUCGUGUGUCGCUCCGUCAUGCAUUCUGAUAAGUUCGACGCGUGUAGGUUGUCUAAGUAUGACAAACUGAAUGGCCAAACUGUUUAUGAUCCAGACUUCACCUACUACGAGAACCUGAUGGGAAACCGUAUCACCGGCACCAACCAAGGCGUCAGCGGAGGCAGGAACCCCCUCUCCCCCUUCCCUGGAGGAGGCGUGGAGGCGGGCGGGUUCACGGGCGGCCUUGGAGGAGGAGGUCUAGGAGUGGGAGGAAGUGGAGUAGGACUAGGAGGUGGCUUGGGUGGGUUUGCGGGCGGGAAUGGCUUGGGGCAUAGUGGCUUUGGGAUUAGUGGCUCAAGAUGUUCGGACUCAACUAAUUUCGAACCUGUUGGAACGAGAUUGAGGCUUCGAUCGCCGUAUAUUCGUGACUUCGAGACGGUGGACAGCCUUGGUGAGUGUAAGAGGAAGUGCCUGAACGUCAGAAUCUACACCUGUCGCAGCUUCAACUUCAGGUACGACACAGUAAGAGACAAUUGUGAGCUGUCUGAUGAGAGCACGCACACCAUUCUCCGCCUCAACAACCCAUCACACUUCGAGACAGAUGGCAGUGCUGACUACUAUGAAAGAGGAAUCGGUUCCGGGUCUGCCUGCCUGGACGUUUCCCAGCAAUGUUACGAGGAUGGCAUGGAAUUUUCCCUUCGAACUGACGAGCCGUUCAGAGGAAGAAUUUACACCUACGGAUACUACGACAGGUGUUACACGCGUGGGUCUGGCGGCUCUACCACAGUGCUCAAGAUAUCAGGUGCCAGAGGAGUGCCGGACUGCGGAACUAUAAGGUACGGAGACACCACCACCAACAUCGUCGUGGUUCAGUUCUCCGACAACGUGCAGACUGCCAUGGACAAACGCUACAACCUGACGUGCACAGUGGUGGGUCCCGACGAGGCUGUGGUCACCUCGGCAUACAUCGGUGCUGGAUCCGGAGCGCCUACACCCAUUGAAUACCUGCCUGCCGAGAACCAGCUACAGUCUCAGGUGAAGCUCCAGAUUAUGUACAACGGGCGACCCACGACGACCAUCGCUGUGGGAGACAGGCUUACCUUCCGCCUGGACAGUCUACGCGGCUACAAUCUUGUGUCUGACAUCUUUGCUACUGAUGUGGUGGCUAAGGAUCCUUUCUCCGGCCGCCAGGUGGAGCUCAUCGACAGCCGAGGGUGUCCUCUUGAUAACUACGUGUUCCCGGCGCUGGGCAAGGCGAGGGACGGGGACGGACUGGAGGCGGACUUCGAUGCCUUCAAGAUUCCUGAGUCCAAUUACUUGAUCUUCGAAGCGACUGUCAGGACCUGCAGGAGAGGAUGCCAGCCGGCCCUUUGCUCCCUCGGCAGUGGCAGGGCAGAGGAACAGUCAUACGGUAGGAAGAGGAGAGAUGCAGAGGACCCGAGUGGUGUGGAGGGCGGGGACGAUGACGAAGAGGAGGAGGGGCAGAUUCACGGUAUUUAUGAGGUUCUCCUUUCGCGGGAUGAGUUCGGAGAGGAGGCAGCGAUGACUUACCUGGACGAGGUGUGUGUGGCCCCAGCGGAGUACUACACACUGGUGGUCGCCCUGGCUGUCACUGUGAUCUGCCUCCUGUGCUCCCUGCUUGUCUCCUACUUCUGCUUCAGACGCGGCCGCAAUCUGGAUGAGAAGAACGCCACCGCUGAUGCAGGAAACCCUUAUCAGACAACCCCUAGCAAGUUCUCCUUUCCCGGGAGCCACGCGCGGACCCUCACACAACCCGCCAGGCAGGUUUACUUUCCUAGCGGUCCCACGGCCAGUGCACCGCAGGGAGAGGACGGGGCAGCCACCUCCUCCCGCUACCCAGACCCCUCGGAGCCCAUCUACACCGACCCUGCGCUCUUUGAAAGGUCACGUUCUGAGUCAUCUCCGCAGCGCCGCUUUGGAGAUGGGCAAGAAUGAUGACAAAGACGAGGAGGAGGAGGAGGAGGAGGAGGAGGGAAAAGAGGAGAAAAAAAAAACGAAUUACAGGAUAAAAUACAAGAAUUCUAUUGAUAUUUUACUUCCGGCUCGUUGUAACUAAAUAAUUUCAUGUUGGUUAGAAAAUAUAAAUCCGUUUGAAGUUCCUACGUUCGUGAAGAUCCGUGGGUCUCGCUGCCACUUGCUCUCCUUGCAGGGUGUGUGUUGGUGGCCACGGUGGGUGAACUAUUGAUUAUUGAACCACGAGGAAGAUCAAAAAGCAAUGGAAAAUCUGUAUCGUUAAAUUAUGAAGCAAAGAAAUAAAGUAAUGUAAAGUAAAGAGAAAAAAGUAAUGAAAUGAGUAGAGGAAAAUAAUGAAAUGAAGGAAAUGUUUUGCGUUCAUAUUUGCUUUUAGUAUUGAGAAAUUUGAUUAAAAAGUAUCGUUGUUAAGUUAUGGAAGAAAAAAAAAGUAUUGUGAAGUAACGAGAAAAAAAAUGAUGAAACAAAUCGUGGAAGAUAAUGAAAUAAAUUAAGUGUUGCGUUCAUAUUUGCUUUAAGUUUUGAGAAAGUUGCUUAGAAAAAUAGUAAUGCAGAAUCAAUAGUGUUGUAAACUUCUGGAAAAAAGUAAAAGUAACGAGAAAAAUGAUGAAAUGAUUAAUGGAAGACAAUGAAGAAUAAUGGAAAUGUUGCGUUCAUAUUUGCUUUAAGUUUUGAGAAAGUUGCUUAGAAAAAUAGAAAUGCAGAAUCGAUAUUGUUAACUUAUGGAAAAAAUAAAAGUAACGAGAAAAAUUGAUGAAAUGAUUGACAAUUAAUGGAAAACAAAGAAGAAUAAUGGAAAUGUUACGUUCAGAUUGCGUUUAGUAUUGAAAAAGUUGCGUAAAGAAUUUAGCUUCGAAAGAAACCCACCUUAAAACUGUUCAAAGCCAACAAUUAUUCUUUUCGAAAUGUGAAUCAACAACAACAAAGUGACAUUCGAUGAAACAAAAAAGAUAUAAAACAAAAAAGUAUAUAUAAAAAAGUCGAUCUUGCUACACUACAACAAUCGCAAAAAGAAGAAAAAUAAGCUGUUAAUAAUAAAAGAAAAGAAAAUUAAGUGGUUUAUAUAGAGAAAAAAAAAGUGAUCUGGGUAAACCUGAACUAAACCAUAACAUUCACAAAAGAAAGAAAAAAAAAGUAUGAAAAAAAAUAUAUAUGGUCUGCUUGUCAACGUAAAAUGACCGCUGACGUACCACAGACAUCACUAACUUCUUCCUUUAACAUUCUUUCCUAUUUUUAAGUUAAUUUUAGGAGAGACAUUUUUUUACACCGCCAGUGACGAGGCAGGACUAAUAUACCCUUAGGCUGAGUCCAAAUGGCCGCUUGUAACGACCUUCCCUAAUCAUAUAAGUAACAGCGGUAAUUUGUGCUUCCCCUGACGGUAUCAUUUGUCCCUAAGAACGGCCCACUCAGUAAUCAAUAUAUGACCAGCGAUUAUUUCACUUCAUGCCCGAAAUUAUUAGAAUUGUUAAUUUUUUUGUGGGUUUACGUGAGUUUGUUUUCAUAUUUUUUCAUUCAUGUUCGCUUCGAUAUGUUAAUUCUAAGUGCGUCGUUUUGUUUCGAUUUCUAUUUCUACUUUUGUUUAUUUUUACCUUGAGCAUUCUGGACCUGCUUGAAUAAACUUUCCCUGCUUGUA